AAACAUGUGGUCCUCGAUGUUGGUACAGGUGGAGGCAAAACACUGGCAUUCUAUCUUCCGGCGCUCUUCGCAGCUUCUGGUCAGCUCAUGAUUGUUGUCAUCGCUUUAAAUGUCUUGGCAGCACAGAACAUUGCCCACAAAUACACCAUCGUUAUAGCUAGCCCGGAGCAGAUCGUCAAGUGGGGCAGAGGGUUUGAGCGCCUGUUCAAGGACCUCUCUUUCCAUGCUCGUAUCUUAUGUGUAGUCUUCGAUGAGGGUCAUUGCAUUAGCCAAUGGGGUGCUUUUGGUCCGGAAUACAGUGAGAUAUCGAGGCUCCGGUACUUGUUACCAGAAAGCAAAUUUAUUUUUGCCUCUGCAACAUUCUCACCACUCAUUUUGGACGACAUCAAGAAGUUAUUUGGUCUUGCUUGA